CACUUAGUCUUCUAACUGAGGAUGCCGCAUGAUUCGCAUGCCUAAGCUUCAGUGUCAAUCGGAGAGGGUUUUGACUCAGCCAGAUUGCGGGGAAGCACUUUGUCUCCAAAAAGGCCAUGUCACUGCUUCCCUGACCCCAUAGUGGCAGUUCCAUCCUCAGCUCUUGGUCAGCUCGAAACAGCAGAUGCUGCACACUGGCCGAGCAGCCCACACUCAGCCUGCAGCUCAGAGGGAUUGAGCAGCUUCGGUGCCCCCUUGCUAACCUGAGGUGGGGAGGAGCCAGGAUCAUGUCUGCCAACAAAGGCUGGUGGGUGCCAACUGAAGGUGAAGACAGCGUGUCUGAAAAACUCAUGAGGAAGACCAGGGAGUCUCCACUGGUCCCCAUAGGCUUGGGAGGCUGCCUGGUGGUGGCAGCCUACAGGAUUUACCGGCUGAAGGCACGUGGCCCCACCAAGAUGUCCAUCCAUCUGAUCCACACCCGAGUAGCAGCACAGGCCUGUGCCGUGGGGGCCAUUCUGCUGGGCGCUGUGUACACCAUGUACCGAGACUACACCACCAAGACAGCACAGGACGCCGGGGAGAAGUAAGAGCCCACGGGGCCUGGCAGCCAGACUCCCUUUCGCUAGACCCCCUUGUGUCCUCCCAAUAAAGUCGUUCUGAGGACAGUG